GUCAUCGGACCCGGAAGCAGCGGCGGGGCUCCCGGAGACACACCGAACGAUGGCGACCGACGGUGGCGGACUCUCCCGACUCCGCCCGGCUGAGCUUUUGACCCGCCGACCCGACCUUCCCGGCCCGCGGCUCUCGGCCGAGCACCUGCUGACCCCGAGCCCUGGCCUGCGGACCCUGAGCGCCCGAGCUGGGCUUGACCCGCUGACCAAGCCUGAGAGCCGGGAGCUGUCCGCCGGCUUUGAGAACCGGCUCCUGAGGAGGCCUGUCCUGCAGGUCACCUCUCGGGCCGUCGCCUCGACCCUUCCUCUCCGCUUCAGCCAGCCCUUGAGCCCCAAGCUGCCCCACAACCUCUGCACUUCGACCUCCACUUCGUUGACCCUCCGCCCCUUGACCACCCCUCCAUUGACACUUCGCCCAUUGACCUCCCCUCAAUUGACCCUCCGCCCUUUGACCUCCCCAUCCCUGAAGAUCAAGUCCGAGCGACCGUCGCUGGGGCCAGAAUGUCCGUGGCAACAGGAGGCUCGAACCGAGAUCUCGAUCAAGAGCGAACAGUGGCCAGUUGAGGACCCAGCUGAGGCGUCCGAGCUCCUGCCCGGCUACAGUUUGUCAGCUCAGGAAUAUGAGGACCUCGAGCAGGCCCGAGGGGCUCUGGUGGAUGAGGAGCUGCACGAUGUUCUGGACCCUUCACAGAGCCAGGACGCCAGGCUGCGAGGGAAGAAGGAGGCCCUUUUGGAUGGGAUUUGCUGCUCUCUGGUCCAGGGGGCCAAGUUUACAGACGCGGAGGAUGAGAGCCGCCUUGAGCUGCUGGGCCUGUGUCGGGAGAUUGCAGAGCAGGAGCCGGAGUUUGUCUUGAAGGUCGCCCUAUACGCCCGGCAGGAGCUGAACCUCCGCAGUCCCGCCAACUUCCUGUUGGCCCUGAGCGCCUGGCUCCAGCCCUGCCGGCCCCACUUGCGCCGCUACUUCUGCCCGGCUGUGCGGCUGCCCUCCGACUGGAUUGAGGUGGCGAAGAUAUACCAGAGCCUGGCCGAGGGCAGCAGGAAGUUGGCCCCCUACCCUUCCUGCCUCCGCCAGGCCUUGGCCGACAGCUUCAAGCUUUUCGAUGAGUACCAGCUGGCCAAGUACAACACCAGGAAGCAGCGAUGCAAGAGCGGCCGCAGGAGGCAGAGGCCGAGGGAGAGGCAGGUGGCUGAAUCUUCUCCCACUGUGAAGGAGAACAAACCGGUGGACCAUUUCUCUCUGAAGAAGCUGGUCCGUUGGCUCCACCUCAAGGAACCGACCUAUCACGUCAUGUGCCUGUUGGGUCGAAGGUACCCGUCCGAUCUCCAGUCAUUCGCCCGCAGCCGGCUUCCCGGCCCAUGGGACUCCCGGAGAGCUGGGAAAAGGAUGAAGUUCCCGACGCCGGAGACCUGGGAGAGGCAGCUCUCCCUGCGGGGCAACACCGCGGAAGUCUGGGAGGAGCUGAUGGAUCACCAGAAGCUUCCCUUCAUGGCAAUGCUACGCAACCUGCGGAACGUGAUUGUGGCAGGAGUGAGCCGCCGGCACCACCAGCGGAUUUUGGAAAGGCUGAUGGACACGGUGGGUCCCCAGCAGUGGCUCGAAGGCGCUACCGGCCGCGCGGCGGUGGAACGGCAGGAGUCCAGGCGCGACCCCCUGCCGACGAAACAGGCCCUCGUCCGGCAGGCCCUGGAGUCGAACCACCUGUCGCGAAGGCGCAUGUGGUCCCUGCGCAACCGGGCCCCGGGCCUGACCCUGCGGAGAGACGCCCGGGGCACCUCCUUCAUCCACCGCUGGGCGGCCCAGAGGCUGGAGCAGCUGAGGGAAAGCAGGGACGUUCGAUAUGACCAGGACCUCCUGGAGAAGUACCGGAAAGCCCUGUCUGCGGCCGUCGAGAUAUCGGCCUCGCACAACGUCCCCCCUCUGCCGGGCCACACUGUCAUCCUGUGCUGCGUGGAGUCGAACAUGCUGGCGCCCUGCAUCACCGCCAAAGGCCUGCACCUUCCCAGGGCCAAGGAUGAGGACCUGGCCGGGAGCCCGCAGAUACAGGAGGUGGCCGUCCUUCUGGCACUCAUGGUGAAGCACGUCAGUGAGCACUGCCGCCUCAUCCUCUACAACAGCAACACUUACUGCGAGCUGGAGCUCAGCCCAGGCUCCAUUCUGGGCAAUGUGCAUCUGGUGCUGCAGGAGGCGAAGAGGCUGCAGGAGGCUGAGGUGUACGACUUCACAAGGCCCCUUGGGGUGGUCGCCUUCCUGAUGGACUGCGUGCAGAACCACGUGCAGAUCGACGCCAUGCUCCAGCUGAGUGACUGCGACCACCACCAGUACCACCAGUCCCUCCAGCUCUACCGUUACCACGUCAACCUCGACAUGCUGUUUGUCCACGUGAACCUGUCGGCCCGUCUAUCCAGCAUCAAAACCAGCACCGUCGGAUUCAACAACGAUAUCUUCCUGUGCGGUUACAGUGAACAGAUCUUACGGUUUGUGUGUGAACGAGGGAACUCUCGCCUCCUGGAGCACGUGGAGAGAAUCGACGAGUUCUUCCACCUGCCGAGGUCCCAGGAGGGUGGUCGGAGACGGAAGGUUGUGGAGCCACCGGCCUUGGGCCCUCUGAUUCGGACUCCAAAACUCAGGUGGCGGACGGUGCGAGUCUUCGUAUCCUCAACGUUCCGGGAUAUGCACUCGGAGCGCGACCUCCUCGUCCGCUCAGUCUUCCCCGAGCUCCGGGCCAGAGCGGCCCGCCAUUUUGUCCGGGUCCAGGAGGUGGAUCUCCGCUGGGGUAUAACUGAGGAGGCAUCCCGUGGGAACAGGCAGUUGGAGCUCUGCUUGUCCGAGGUUUGCCGCUGUCAGCUCUUUGUGGGAAUCCUGGGGGAGAGAUACGGACAGCUACUCCCGGAUUACUGGCUACCCAACCUUCCUCAGUUUGAGUGGGUCAAGUCCUAUCCGAAACUCCGCUCCAUCACCGAGUUGGAAAUGAUGCAGUUUUUGCGACUGAGCGGGGGUGACUCCGGCAGUCGAAGGUCUUUCUUCUACACCAGGGAUUCUGCUGUGCUGAGGUCCCUGCCGGAGGAGUGGGUGCCGGAGUUCGCUGCGGAGUCGGAACAUGCUCGGGCGAGGGUCUCCGAACUGAAGAGCCAUGUGAAAGAAGCAGGGUUGCUGGCGCUGGAGAACUAUCGGAGUGAGUGGGGACGGGAAGUACAUGGGAAACCAUUCCUGAAGGGACUGGAGGAGUUUGGGAUCAGUGUCCUCAGCCGCCUAUGGAAGGCCAUCGUGAGCCAAUACUGUCAGUUACAGUCAGACACCGGGCCGCCUGUUCCUAUCGGAGGGGAUUAA